UGGCACAGCUGGUAGGCAGGUCAGACUAGGAAGUAGGCCGACGCGGAUCUGCACUUCCAGCACGAAUCUUCUUGCAUCUUUCUGUCCGACUCACGGUCAAUCAUAUUCGUAGCACAAUGUCCCUGCGACCCAAGCGGGUGGAUUUCAAUGCCAGUUUUCCGGCGUUCCGUCAAGAGCUCUUGAAUAUGUUUCACAGUACGACUGCUCGAGCGAAGGUUUCUGGAAUAGAUAUGUUCCAACAGGUCUACGAUCUUUGCACGUCAUACCCCAAGCCGCACACAGAGUUACUCUUUCAGUCGAUCGGGGAUCUCUUACGAGAACAUGUUUCUGGUGUACUUCAGACCAUCUUGAGCCGGGACGAUGUUGUGACCGCGUAUGCCAGGGAAUGGGAGAAAUACCGCGUGGCGGCUAAUUACGCCAACAUCAUUUGUGAAUAUCUGAACCGAAUGUUGCUCAAAAUGCGACCGCCAUUUGGAGACACUAAGCGACCCUUCAGUCAUGGGCGAUAUUUAAAGCUUUCGGUCGAGGCGCUAGCAUUUCACAUAUGGAAAGAAACAGUCCUGGCAGGGCUGCAGACCCAUCACGGAAAUCGCCUUGUGUUCCAACUCCUAGACUGGAUUCGCCAGGACCGCGACGGGCAUAUCGUCCUCCACGAUGUGAUAUACAACGCUAUUAACUCGCUGGUCCAACUGAAUCAGCAUACGGAUCAGCCGUUGCAGCUCUACAUUGAAAUGUUUGAAAAUCCCUACUUGGAAGAUACACGAGACUAUUAUGCUCGAGAAUCAAAUACCCAGAUUGCACAGGACCGCAUCUCAUGCUACAUGAGAAAGAUACAUGAACGUCUCGCCGAUGAAGGGGCUCGGAGCGCACGGUUUUGUCACCCCACUUCACUUGAGAGGGUCAUUAAAGAGUGCGAGCUGCAGUGUAUUACUGCGCAUCACCGCGAACUGUAUGCGGAAUUUCGGGUGAUUCUUGAAAACGAAAGAUUUGCCGAUUGCAUAUUGGCGUAUUCCCUCCUGUCGCGAUCUGCCGAUGGGAUUUCUGCAAUGCUAGAUAUUUUCGAAAACUUCAUUAUUACUAUAGCUAGAGAUGUUAUCGGGCGCCUAGGGAGCUCACUAACAAAGGACCCUCGAGAAUAUGCGGAGUCUUUGAUGAGUCUGCAAGCAAAAUAUAUGGGAAUGUGUGAUGAAGUGUUCGCCGGAAACCUUGCGUUCACAGCAGCCGUGGAUAAGGCAUUCAGAUCUAUAGUGAAUACAGCAAUACCCUCCACGAGUAGUAGCGCAGCGGAACUUUUGGCCCGUUAUUGCGACCUUCUCUUGAAGAGAACUGCAAAGGGACUGGUAGAAUCCGAGGUGGACGAUAAACUGUCUCGUAUGAUUACCCUUUUCAAAUACCUGGACGAUAAAGAUGUUUUUCAGAAAUUUUACUCAAGGAUGAUUGCGAAGCGCUUAAUAUACGGGACUUCCGUUUCUGAGGAAGCUGAAUUGAACAUGCUAUCGCGAUUGAAAGCUGCAUGUGGCGUAGAGUACACAAGCAAGCUUCAGCGAAUGUUCACGGAUGUCACAAUUAGCAAUGAUCUGAACGUGGGAUUCUCUAAGUUCGCCCAGCUCAAUUCCAUCAACCUCGGAACUGAAUUCAGCAUCUUGGUGCUUACUGCGGGAUCAUGGCCUCUGUCGGCUUCUGCCUCGGGGUUUGUACUCCCAAGUGCGUUGGAGAAAAGCGUGAGCCAGUUUACGACUUUCUACGGUAAACACCACAAUGGACGAAAGCUGACGUGGUUGCAUCAUUUGGCGAGAGCGGACGUGAAAAUAAAUCAUAUGGACAAGCGAUAUGAAUUGAACGUGUCCCUAUAUCAGCUCGGUGUUCUUCUGCUUUUUAAUGUCACGCCUUCGUUGACAAUUCACGACAUCAUCCAUCAGACAAAACUGAACAGUAGCGAAGUUGAACGUAUUCUCAAGAUAUUCGUUGACAUCAACCUCCUAACCGUGAUUGAUACGCAAACUUAUAUCGUGAAUCAUGGCUUCGCGAGCAAACGCACUAAAAUAAAAAUCAACACGGCUCUUCAAACGGAAACUCCGCAAGAAGUAACUGCAGCCCGCAAGGCGGUGGAUGAAGACCGAAAGCUCUAUCUCCAGGCAGCUAUUGUUCGCAUUAUGAAGUCCCGGAAAGAAUUAAGUCAUACCCAGUUAGUCCAGCAAGUAAUCGACCAAGCAAAGGUGAAUUUUGCACCGUCCAUCCCGGUUAUUAAAAGAUGCAUUGAACAGCUUAUUGAGAAGCAAUACAUUGAUCGGGUCCCACAUACGCGCGAUCGAUAUGUAUAUAUUAGCUGAGACACCCUUCGUCGUGUCAUUUGAUUUGCAUAAACUCCUUAAAAUUACAUUAUUCCCUUGCUCUAUAUAAACAAUUGUUUAUGUGGAAAACGGCAUCAAUAUCAUCUCUGACUGUGUUGACGCACUUUGGCCUUCACA